CAUGGUACAGGAAAUAACUUCUCAGCCUCGAAAGUUUUCUUUCAAUGAGCUGCGUUUGGCGACAAGAAACUUCAGACGUGAAGAUCUUCUUGGAAUGGGCGGCUUUGGUCCAGUUUACAAGGGAUGGAUCAAUGAGAGUGGAACGCCGCCUGUAAAACCUGGCACUGGACUAGCUGUUGCAGUGAAGAUUUUGAAUAGAUAUGGAGUUCAGGGUCAUAGAGAGUGGCUGGCUGAAGUACACUUUCUUCGAAAUCUCCACCAUCAAAAUUUAGUGAAGCUAGUAGGCUAUUGCAUGGAAGGACAUCAGAGGCUAAUCGUCUACGAGUUUAUGGCUCGUGGAAGUUUGGAGAACCAUCUCUUCAGGUCCAUGGUUCUUCCGUGGUGCACGAGGAUAAGAAUAGCAUUAGGGGCAGCACAAGGCCUAGCCUAUCUCCAUGAAGAAGCUCAAAAACCAAUUAUCUAUCGUGAUUUUAAGGCAUCCAACAUCUUAUUAGAUGCGGACUACAACGCGAAGCUAUCAGACUUUGGACUCGCCAGAGAUGGGCCUGAGGGAGAGCAGACACAUGUGUCGACGCGUGUUAUGGGAACCUAUGGCUAUGCUGCUCCAGAAUAUGUGAUGACUGGGCAUCUGACAAUCAAAAGCGACGUCUAUAGCUUUGGGGUGGUUUUACUUGAAAUACUGAGUGGCCGAAAAGCCAUGGACAAGAGUCAACGGAUGGGUGAGCAUAACUUAGUAUCAUGGGCAAAACCUUAUCUUGGAGAUAAGCAUCAUUUUUGGCGGAUUAUAGAUCCUCGUCUUAGAGGCAAAUUCUCAAAGAAAGGAGCACUAAAGUGCACUGAGAUUGCUUCUCUCUGCCUUAGAAAGAACCCAAAACUCAGACCUCAGAUGAGCGAAAUAGUGGAAAUGCUAAUGCGUCUGCCUUCAACCAGUGAAUUUAGAGAUGCUGAUGACGACAACUCAAAGGAUAAUAAACAUGUAGCUGGGAACCUCUAUUCACCAACUGGUCCAAAUGCGUCACCGUCUAGCUAUACCCUUAGUAACAAGCAGAAGGGGAAACGUCCAGUUCGUUCUUAAAAGAGAAACUUC